AUGGGAUGUCGCCCGUCAGCGAGCUGCUUCGCCUGCAAGGCGCGCAAAGUCAAAGUACUGAGACUCCGAACGCCUAUUUGCGAUCUUCGAAAGCCCUCAUGUAACCGCUGCACGAGUCUCGGGAGGGCGUGUCCGGGUUACGCGGAUCCGUGGGCUGUUGUACAUCGCCAGCAGAACGCAUCGGCGGCUCACCAGGUCCAGGUUCGGGUCGCCAAACGACUGAAGGAAAGAGGUUCAUUUGGCUCGACGUCGUCAAUUCUGGAAGUCGACGAGGAGGGAACCUCCCCGGACUCGGUAGAGGAAGAGGAGAUUCAGAGGAGGCUGAGGACCGUACCGAAAGCCUUUCAAGUCGAUUCCGAGCUCUUCUCACUCAACCACUUUUACUCCAACUAUGCAUCCGGAGGCGAGGUCGCUUUGUUCAACCUCUUCCCCGGCAUGAAGUCGUCGGCUGCCUCAUCGCCUGUCUUGCAGGAGGCUCUCAAGGCCACGGCAUUAGCCAGCUCAUCUUUACAGAUGUGCCAGGCAGGAUUGAUGGCUCAAGCGCGGCAACACUAUGGCAAGGCGGUCAGCAAAAUUGGCGGCGCACUGAAGGAUAAUUCGACUGCACAAGACGACUCCGUUGUGGUCGCCCUGCUUACUCUCGGCCUCUUCGAGGUAAGUAACCUGAGUGAGGCUGGUGAAGGAGACGUUUAA